AUGGAUGUUUCUCCUGAAACAAAACUUAACAAUCAGUCAACAUUUAGUUACAAGAGUUUUAGUUCACCUCAACUGGCUGACGGCUCAUCAAGCAAUGACUUGGCUAAAAAGCAUGAUCUCAACCCUUUGAAGCAGGCCUCUGGGAGCCCAGAUCAGUUUGAUGGACACCUGUCCAACCUAAAAGAGACAGAUGAAGACUGCUCCAUUUGGGACACACCUAUUCUUAUCUCUGCUGUGUCUAUCAUCUUUGCAGCUGGAGUGACCAUUGCAUUGGUCCUGCAGAUCUACCUGGGUGAACGCUCAGCCUCCAUUAAAGGUGUGCUGGUGUCGGACCAUCAGCGCUGCACUGCACUCGGUCAAAGAGUCCUUCAGGACGGUGGAUCCAGUGUGGAUGCAGCUAUCGCGGGUGCUCUGUGUCUGGGUGUUGUGCAUCCACAUGUGUCAGGUGUUGGCGGAGGAGGAGUGAUGCUGGUUCAUGACAUCCAUAAGAAUGAAACCAGGGUGAUAAAUUUUCAGGGGCAUGCUCCUAAAACCCUGGGAAAGAAGAUGCUGCAAAAUGUCUCAGAGCUAAAGGCCGGCCUGCAGGUUGGAGUACCAGGUAUGCUCAGGGGGCUGCAUCAUGCUCACAGCCUCUACGGCAGUCUGUCAUGGGAGGAUGUUGUCAGCAGAGCAGCAGAUGUAGCCAGGGAAGGUUUCAAUGUGUCGCACAGUCUCUCUGAUGCAAUAUCAAAAGUGAAAGGUGAUCAGCUGUCACAGCGCUUCAAGGACACGUUCAUCCCAGACGACCGAGUUCUGAGUCCUGGUUCGUAUGUGCAGAUUCCUGGUCUGGCAGGAGUCCUGGAGGCUGGUUUGAUGAGUUUCUACCAUGGAAACUUAUCACAAGAGAUAGAGGAUGAGGUGCGAGCAAAUGGAGGCAUCCUGAGCAGAGAGGACAUCAGUAGCUAUAUUGUGGAGGCAGAACAACCACUUGAAGGCCAAUACAACCGUAAGACUACAUUUUUCACACAAAUUAAAGUUCCUCCUCCUCCAUCUGCUGGUGCAGCGUUGAUAUCAGCUCUCAACCUGUUAGAGGGCAUCCAUCUCAACGAGAACAAUCUAACAGAAAGUCAAACUCACCGCUGGAUUGCUGAGGCUGUGAGAGCAGCUUUACUAAUGGCUGAUGGACUGGGCAAACCUAAAUACAACUCUUCAGUGGCCGAGCAGCUCUCUGAUAUGCUGAGCAAAAAUCCGACUGAAGUGCUUCUCCAGAGGAUGAAUUACUCCCACACACCUCCAUCUGAGUAUCACUCCACUGUCCAGUCUCUGCACACGGAGCUGCUGGCUGGACAAGUCGUGGUCAUGGGACCAGAUAACCUCAUGGUCUCUGUUGCAAGUUCCUUGAACAGGCCGUUCGGGAGUAGGAUCAUAACUCCGUCAGGCAUCAUCCUCAACAGCCUCCUCCUUGACUUCUCCCUGUCAAAUAAAACCCAAGGGCAGCUUCACACUCAACAGAAAAACAGUACAGCCUCAGAAGAGAGACCCCUGUUGUUGCUCAUGCCCAUAAUAAUGGUGCCAGCUUGGGGUACAUGUGGGAUCUACACGGCGCUCAGCAGCUCAGGUGGACAAAACAUUCUACAUACAAUCACCCAGGUGAUGACCACUGCCCUGUUCUUCCAUAAAGAGAGAAACGACAGCCUCUCCCAUCCAAACACACUUCUUGUUGAUCCUGAGUCUCUAGAGGAAAGCGAGGAGUUUAUUCAUGCAAAGGGCCAUGUAGGUCAAGAAAGGAAGACGAACUCUGGUGUCCAGGGGAUCCAGAGGAGAGAAAAUAUCAUUAAGGUCAUAAAAGCACGUCAACUGUUUGAUAGUUUAAUAUAG